CCCCAGACCUGCACGACCUGACUGCGAGAAAACCGACAAGAACACCAGAGGGCCUUUAACCGAUACUCUGCCUCUUCGAUCGUUAAGAACACACCUGCAACCCGCCCUUCUCUGGGCUUAUCGAUCAGCUGCCCCGGUUAUACGAUGACAACGGGUGACUCGCACCAGAUGUCGCAUCCGGCGCAAGUCCAGCAGCUUCAGCUGAGAGAUGCUCAUCCUCCCUCGUCCAACCCAGUCGCACCCUCUCCGCCAUCCAAGAGGGACCUAGCAUCAUGGUGGAGGCAGUUCAAGCGAAACGCAAAAAAGGAGGAGGAAAAAGUUCAACCUCGUGGGAUAUUCGGAGUCCCGCUUAACGUGAGCAUCAAAUAUGCAAAUGUCGCCAUUUCCUUGACGAACGACCAUGGAGAGAGCUUUAUCUACGGAUACGUUCCUAUAGUGGUGGCUAAGUGUGGAGUUUAUUUGAAGGAGAAAGCCACCGAUGUCGAAGGUAUUUUCCGCCUGAACGGUUCUGCAAAACGUAUCAAGGAUCUCCAAGAGAUUUUCGAUUCCCCGGAACGGUACGGAAAAGGACUAGACUGGACCGGAUAUACGGUACACGAUGCCGCCAAUAUUCUCCGUCGUUAUCUCAACCAGCUGCCCGAACCUAUCGUCCCUCUGGAGUUUUACGAACGUUUCAGGGAACCACUGCGGAAUCAUCAAGCUCAGGCGGUUGGUGAUAUCGAGGCUGCGGAGUACGACACUGGCGACUUUGAUCACGAUAAGGCGGUAGCUACAUAUCAACAAUUGAUCAGAGAGCUGCCUCCGCUUAACAAGCAGCUGCUUCUCUACAUUCUGGAUCUACUGGCUGUUUUCGCGUCCAAGUCAGAGCAGAACCGCAUGACUUCUGCCAACCUGUCGGCGAUCUUUCAGCCCGGUCUGCUGUCGCAUCCACAGCACGAUAUGGCGCCGCAGGAAUACAAGCUCAGCCAAGAUAUCCUCAUCUUCCUGAUCGAGAACCAGGACCACUUCUUAUUCGGAAUGAACGGAACCGCUGCAGAUGAACAGACGGUCAAAGAUGUGGAAUCCGGUCUGGCCCCCAAGCCAUCACACUCGACUGUCAGGCGAUCGGUUUCUAGCGCUAGUGGUGGAGCCGAAAGCCUGCGGAAAUACGAGACUAUGAGAAGGAAUGUCUCGGUUUCUUCAAAGAACUCCCGCACAUCGAACAAUGCCUCUAACCCAGCUACUCCAACUUCCUUGGGCGGUGGUAUGCACCGCAGCAAUACUGUACCCUCCAAGAAAUCUCCUGCCUUGCCGCCGUCCAGACUGGGCAGGGGUGCUGAGCCAUCGACACCUACUCCCGCUGGCUUGACUCCUCCGGUUCAAUCCUACCAGGCCUCACGAUCUAGCAGUCGGGCUGCUUCUCCUAACCCUGCCGCUAAACAAAGCACAGCGAGCAGCGAAGGGUCUGUUGCGACAACACCGACCUCUGCGUAUAUUCAUACCUCUACCCAUGGCCCAGUGCCCGUGAGUGCGGCAGACAAGGUAGUAACUGCUGAGAAGCCUCGUCUACAGGCUGGUCUUCCCACAGGCAUGUCAUCACCACCAACAGCUGUCACUCCCACUAAGGAACGAAAAUUAUCCAACCUUUUCACAAAGUCGCCUCCACCGGCUGGUGAACAGAAAGAGCCCCGUCAGCCCAAUCGUCUGAAGAAGAAGCGUAUUCCGGGAAGCGCCAGUGAGAGCGCACAGAGCUCCUCUCACUCGCUUCACGCUAUGUCUGCCGACCCCUCAACCAUUGGUUUCAUCGCCCAGUCUCUCACUCAGUCUCUCAACCACCAGACGGAUAGCCAUGAAAAUACUGGUUCGAAUACCAGGCUACCUGCUGUACCUGCUUCAUCGCACGGCGAAACAACGCAGCAGGCCAACAAAGAGACCAAGCCGGAGGACUCGGCCCCUAUAGAUGAAACACAUAAUUAUCAACAGCAUCAGCAUCAGCCGUCCGACCACACUCUGAAGCCUCCAUCCAGGACUCCCUCCAUGCAUUCUCGAUCCUCAUUCACCGAUCAUUCUGACUUCGACCAGCUCGAUGAAGCAUCGAAGACGGAGAAGAAGGACAACAGACGAAGCCGGCUAUUCCAUCGUUCUAAGAGAAAUAGUGACCAGAUUGGUCAGGGCUUUGGUUCACCUCCACAGCUUGGCGUCAACGCGGGAGCAGAGUUCAGCACGAGCUCUAUUGGGAGCUCCAACCGACUCAGGCAAGGCUCCGUGGUGGACUCGCAGCAGUUUGGAAGCGAGUCUUCCCACCCGGUACGUGCCACGAGUGACAUGAGUAGCAGCUUUGACAACUUGAAAGAUUCUUCUCAAGCCUCCGAGCCAGAGAAGAGGAGUCUCUUCGAAAAGUUCAAAGCUAAAGUUUCCAUGGUGAAGGAUGGAGUGAAGGACUGGGAUGCUGAGAGGGAGCGAGCAAAGAGUCCCCCGCAGUCUGACACCGAAAAGUCCGUUUCUACGCAGAACUCAUUCUACGGAAACAAGGAAAAUAGAAGUUCCAAACACAUUUUAACUGAAGGCCCCCGAGAAACCCCCGAAGCCUUCCAACAAUCCCCUGUUUCUUCUGCGUUGCCACUGUCUGGCCCACCCCCGGUCAUUCCUGAGGAGCCUCCAUCACCUGAAAUUCCGAAACGGUCUCUGCAGCAGGAGCGGCAACAAACUGAUGCUGUCACUUCGCAAGAGACGAAGGCAAAGGAAGAGGUCUCGACCGCCCCUGUUGCAGAACAGAACGGAGAUCAGAAAGAUGUUGCCGCUGCACCAGAGGCAGCUCCUGCAUCCUAGUUGCCUACCGUUGCUCGAAGCCUCCGUCAGCCGAACCUGGCUCUUUCCACUUUCAUUCCUGGAUAUGCGGUCAGACAGACAUCGAUCUUACAACAGCUUAACACGGUCUACCCUGUUCGGAGAGGAGUAUACGGAAGAGAUGUGCUACAAUACAGACUCUCUAGAUUCGCUCGGUCUAUUUAUCGCGGUUUAUUUCACGGAGUGAUUUUUUUUUUUUU